AUGCAGGGGACUUGACCAUCCCUGGAUCAUGGUUUAUAGUUCGUCUGUUUGUUGGCGCAGGAGGAGGAGGAGGGGGUGCGUAAAGUGUGCACCGUUUUUGGAGUCAUGUUACGCACAGGCAUGGAGAACAGCGUCGGGGAGGGACUUUUUACAUAUGGAAAAGGAAUAACUGGCUCGGCUGUCUAGGUCUGUGCUCGGCGUUUCUGGGGAAGCAGAAACACCUGCACCCUCAGACUUCGAUCUAUUUCCCAAAGUAAACUGGGCAAGUCUUGCGUCUUGUAGUUGUCGCCAGCAGUUUUCGCGGGUGUUUCCUCAAGUUGUGUAACAAUGUUAGGCAGCAGUCCCGGACAAAAGGGGAGAGUGGCGGAGAAGACGACGGAUCCCAUCAGGAGGCUCGGGAUUCUAGACAAUGAGGACAUACGUAUGAUGAUGCGGGGCUCCGACAUGGUGAAAGUUCGCUCUACAAGGUGGCAGAAGAGCCGACACCUGCGGCUGCUGGAGGAUGGACUCACCGUGUGGUGUGAGUCCACCAAGAGCUCCCGCAAAGCCAAAGCCCAGCAGACAUUCGCAGUGACAGAGGUGGAGUGUGUGCGUGAAGGCUGCCAAUCAGAGGCGCUGAGGCAGCUGUCUGGGUCAGUAGAGGAGAACCAAUGCUUCACAGUGGUCUUCAAAGGAGACAGGAAGAGCCUGGACCUGCUGUGCCCCUGUGAGGAUGAUGCUCGGCGCUGGGUACGAGGGCUUCGCACUUUAAAGGAGCUAGUGUCCAACAUGACUCAGAAGGAAAAGCUGGACCAUUGGAUCCGAGGCUACCUGAGGCGAGCGGAUCAGAACCGGGACGGCAAGAUGAGCUACGAUGAGGUCAAACGGCUGCUACUGAUGAUCAACAUUGACCUGAAUGAGCAGUAUGCCCGCUCUUUAUUUAAGAAGUGUGACCGAUCCGGUGAUGGACGUCUGGAUCAUAUCGAGAUCGAGGAGUUCUGCAGGGAGCUGUUGCGGCGACCUGAGCUGGAUGCUGUGUUCAGACACUAUUCGAGUAAUGGUUGUGUGCUCUCCACUAUGGAGCUGCGUGACUUUCUUGGAGACCAAGGCGAGGACGCCUCGCUGAAUCAUGCUCAGAAACUCAUACUCACCUAUGAGCUCAAUGAGUGGGCACAGAAAAACCAGUUCAUGACCCAGAAUGGUUUCACUGUGUACAUGCUGUCACUGGAGAAUGAUGUGUUUAAUCCUGACCAUGCAAGAGUUUGCCAGGACAUGAGCCAUCCAUUGGCCCACUACUACAUCUCCUCGUCGCACAACACCUACCUUACCAAGGACCAAGUCACCGGCGCCAGCAGCACUGAGCCAUACAUCAAGGCUCUGAACCAGGGCUGUCGUUGUGUGGAGCUGGACUGCUGGGAUGGAGAUAAAGGAGAACCUGUCAUCUACCAUGGCCACACUCUAACCUCCAAAGUGCCCUUCAAAGAAGUCAUUGAAACCAUUGCCCAAUAUGCCUUUAAGGCAUCCCCAUACCCUCUCAUUCUGUCCUUGGAGAACCACUGUUCUGUGGAACAGCAGGCUGUGAUGGCCAAACACCUCCACACCAUCCUGGACAAAAAACUGCUCACCAAGCCCCUUAGUGACAAGCCGCUGAAAGAUCUGCCUUCUCCUGAGGAUCUGAAGGGGCGUAUUCUGGUAAAAGGGAAGAAGCACACACCUCACCUGUGCCAGGUCGGCAAGACCAGCAGCAAUGCCAGCGUCUCCUCAGGCUCUGAAGAUGACCUAGCAAGCAGCAUUAAGAACACACCCAAGAAGGAUCCUACAAAGGCUUGUGCUAAACUGAGCCCUGAGCUUUCAGAUCUUGUGGUGUACUGCAAGAGCAUCACCUUUCGUGGCUUUGAAAAUCUAUCUGAAAAAUCAGCCGAUGAAAUGUCCUCCUUCUCUGAAAGUGAGGCCCUAAGGCUCAUUAAAGACUCAGGAAAACUGUUUGUAAGACACAACAGCAGACAGCUGAGCCGGAUCUACCCCUCCGGCCAGCGCCUCCAAUCAUCCAACUAUAAUCCUCAGGAAAUGUGGAAUGCUGGCUGCCAGAUGGUGGCUCUUAAUUUCCAGACACCAGGGGAGCAAAUGGACUUGAACCAGGGUCGCUUCCUUGAAAAUGGUCACUGCGGAUAUGUCCUUAAACCCAGCUUCCUGUGCAGCCCCACAUCCAACUUUAACCCAGAGAGCACGGGAGGAGGUCCAGGUCAUGUCCCCACCCAGCUGACUAUACGAGUAAUAUCUGCACAGCAGCUGCCAAAAAUCAACACAGAUAAGGCAAGCUCUAUCGUGGAUCCACAAGUGUGGGUGGAAAUUCAUGGGGUGGCUAUUGAUAAUGCAAGACAAAAAACUCACCGUGUUGACAACAAUGGUUUUAACCCACGAUGGGACAGCACUCUGAGCUUUCAGCUGCAGGUCCCUGAUCUGGCCCUGGUGCGGUUUGUAGUGGAGGACCAUGAUCACACACGCAAAAAUGACUUUGUGGGACAGUUCACCUUACCAUUCACAAGUCUACGCACAGGUUAUAGACAUGUUCACUUAUUGAGGGCAGAUGGUUCCAGCCUGUCUCCCGCCACACUCUUCAUUAAUGUCAAAGUGAGCCGCAAAGGAGUUUACAUCAAAACUGUGCCCCAGCGUCUGACCAUUGGCAAAACCAAGGCAUGAUGUGCCUCUGAACCAGAUAGAAAGCUACAUUUUUUGACACAAAAAGACUUUAAAAAAUGGCCCCUGAAUGUGAGGAGAUGGAGACUGAGGCUGCUGCUAGCAGGUCUUUCGGUCCAGAACUCAAGUGGUCCAAUUUACACUGAGCCACUUCCCAAAGCAGGAAGAAAGAUGUUGUUUAUUCAAGAUGAAGAACCAUAUUGGUUCUUAGCAAUUGAACAGCUGGACAGUGAGUGCAUGAUACACUGAAGGUAUCUGGUCUUGUCAGUGCUGAGCACUCUGGCAACACAGGAUUGUGGUUCAUAAAACACACUGAUAUUGGAUUCUUUACUCACUACAUUUUAACAUGGACUCUUAUGCUUAAAAUUAAAUCCCAUGUAUCUUGGAUAGAGUAAAAAAAAGUGCUCAAAGGAUUUUUAAAAUAUUUUACCAUUUUUAUAUUUAAUAUGUAUUUGGCUUUAACUUAAAUAUUUUGUUUAACAAAUAUAGCAUUUAGCUACAGCUGUAUUGUAAGAACUAUAAGAAGGACUCUAAGCACAACUGGUUGUAACUAAAUAAUAAGAAAUAAUUUUACAAAUUACUGUAUUAGCACUGAGAUGUUAUCUAGAUGUACUGUAGUUUCACUGAUUGCCACAGAUGGUAUUGUCCAUGAGCAAAUGUUCAAAGAGCUUAUUUAUGUAGUCUGACUGAAUACUAACUUGAUACUUUUACUUUGGCAGUAAUUCCUCUGAGGUGAAAGACUUCUUAUUCACCAAAUAACUGACAACAUAUUUCCAUAACUUACAGAUGAACUAUAAACAGAUAUGCUUAUGUUCCUUAAAAUGUCAAGUUUUGUAUUUGCCUCCUUUAACACUUUAAAAUAUAGUGUUCAAUCAAAUUGUGUUUUUAAAAUAUUUGCAUGUAGGUAUUUUACCUUUUAUAUCAGCAUUAUUUGUAUGUUUUUGCCAAUUCUUAUCACAUUCUUUAUUAAAUAAACUGUAAUUAACACUAAUUGGAACUAACUCAUAAAAUCACUGAUUACUGCAGGUUACAGUGAAUCAUUUAAGGAGAUUUCCAGAUAAUAAAAUGUUCAAUGAUGUAAGCUGCUGCACAGAUUACUGUAAUAACAGUAUACUCUAUAUGAUCAAACAAGACAGGUUUAAAGAGAUUGUAGCAUGUAACAAAUGGUGGCUGCUGUUUGACCUUGCAGUGUUAAAGCUUAUAGUCUAUGUUGUGGGAAUGACAGUUGGUAUAUGUAAAAGAUAAAUACUGUUUUCA